UAAUGGAGGAGCUGCUGAAGAGGCUGAUACAGCGCGCCGAGUCAAGAGGAGGAGAGGCGUGGCUUCAGCGGUGCUUGGCUGACGGCCUGUCAGCUGAAGAGGAGGAGGCGGGAGUAAGUGACGUCGCUCGGCGUAGUGACGUCACGGAAGAUGCGACGGCGAGGUCAUCAAGAAGCGCUCCCCAUAGCGCUGAAGUCCGGAUGUCAAAGAGGACCAAGAGGCCGAGGAGGGCGUACUCACCGUCUGAAGGAAAGAACAAGAAAGGUGGCAGUGUGCGCUCCUCCCCCAGGUGUGCGGUAUCGCAGCCUGGGGUUUUGAGUCGAGCGCCGCAGCCGGCCUCCAGCGCGCACAGCAUGGAUCCGGUACCGGAGACUGGUACAGAACAAAUGAUCGUAUGGAUUCUGGGUCAUUCUUUCGUGUUCUGGGCAGAAAGAAGGGCUGCGGAGCGUAAUUAUUCUAAAGAGAGUUAUAUGGGUUCUUUGUUUGUUUCUAUUUUCUGGUUAGGUUUUCGGGGUUUAAAAUGGUACCAAAUCAUUCCGAUUUUAAAAGGUGAGUUAAGGUCAUUGCCACGACCGGAUGUUCUAAUAAUCCAUGCUGGUGGUAAUGAUUUAGGAAGAAUUAGAACGUUAGAUUUAUUGGAUCAGAUGAAAUGUGAUCUCGAUCAUAUUAAAUCAUUACUUCCGCAUGUUACACUGAUUUUCUCUGAAAUUAUCCCAAGGUUGAUUUGGAAGGGUGAGCAGCUCGGUUUUAUGGAGAAAAUUAGGAAAAGAACCAAUAGGAGCCUAGAGAAAUAUCUUCCUAAAUUGGGGGGGUGGUCCUUAAGACACACUGAACUAGAGGGUUUUAUUGUAGGUCUUUAUCGGAAUGAUUUGGUUCAUCUGUCAGAAAUAGGUCUUGAUAUAUUUAAUUCGGGUUUGCAGGACAUGAUUGAGAAGGCCGUGGUUUUUAGGGGGGGACAUGUGGGUUAAUACCCUCAUGUCUGGUGGGUUAGUCACCCAGCUUUGCUGGGGGGACAAUUCUGGAAUUUAAUGAAGAUUUAAUGAGUAUUUAUUGUUUGGUUAUUUAAUUAUUGAUGGUUAUUAUUAUUAUCAGCAGUAUUAUUUAUGUAACCCUUAAUAAAGGACCACGGCCAAUUUUAUACCACAGUUUUUUUGUUUGGUUUUAUUUAUUAUUUAUUUUAUCAGUUAAUUUGAAUGUGAUGCCAGUUUAGUAAUUGCUCAUAUGGCACCAUGAUAGUGGGCAUGAAGGGUAUACGGAAUGCCCACCAUGGUGGCAUUGAGCAUAUUGGGGGUAGUGGUUUCUUAAUCAUCCAAUUUCCCCCCCUUUUUUCCCGCCCUUUUCUCUGGGUUAAUAUGUGUUCUUUUUCAGCAUUCUGAGGUGAAUUUAUUGGAGGAUUCUGAUUGGUACCUGGUUGCCUACCUGUUGUAGAGGUACCUGUUUUCUGCCACUUGCUGAUUGGUGGAUGGAGGUUUAGGGCGGGAAAUUCAACUAUUUAAUGAGGAGCGCAGCAGGUCCGGGGCUUGUCGCCGCGGAGCCUGGUAAGAAGAGGACGUCGUCCCGCCCACCCUCCCCAUUUAAAGUCGUGGUCCCGAAUUAGAGGGGGGUUAGUCACCCAGCUUUGCUGGGGGGACAAUUCUGGAAUUUAAUGAAGAUUUAAUGAGUAUUUAUUGUUUGGUUAUUUAAUUAUUGAUGGUUAUUAUUAUUAUCAGCAGUAUUAUUUAUGUAACCCUUAAUAAAGGACCACGGCC